CGACAAGAAAGUGUUGAAAACAAGAUCCUGAACCCGAAAACCUUCCCUGCGGGACCUGCCGAGCAGCUGGAGCUGGUGGGCGAGCUGCUGAAGGAGCUCUCUCAGGGCCAGGCCGGGGAGCGGGGCCCCGAGGAGCGACGGCAGACGCUGCUGGAGCUGCUGAAGGUGGCCCGAGAGGACAGCCUGGUGGUGUGGGAGGAGCACUUCAAGACCAUGCUGCUGCUGCUGCUGGAGACGCUCGGAGACAAAGACCACACCAUCCGAGCUCUGGCGCUGAGAGUCCUGAAGGAGAUCCUGAGGAACCAGCCGGCCCGCUUCAAGAACUACGCCGAGCUGACCAUCAUGAAGACGCUGGAGGCUCACAAGGACUCGCACAAAGAGGUGGUGCGGGCGGCCGAGGAGGCGGCGUCCACGCUGGCGGGGUCCAUCCCCCCGGAGCAGUGCAUCAAGGUCCUGUGUCCCAUCGUGCAGACGGCGGAUUACCCCAUCAACCUGGCCGCCAUUAAGAUGCAGACCAGGGCCAUCGAACGCAUCACCAAGGAGCCGCUGCACCAGCUGCUGCCGGACAUCAUCCCGGGACUCCUGCAGGGCUACGACAACACGGAGAGCAGCGUGAGGAAGGCCAGCGUCUUCUGCCUGGUGGCCAUCUACUCUGUGAUCGGCGAGGAGCUGAAGCCUUACCUGGCUCAGCUGACCGGCAGCAAGAUGAAGCUCCUGAACCUCUACAUCAAACGAGCUCAGACGACCACCAGCAACAGCAGCAGCUCCUCCGACAUCUCCUCCUACUGAUCCCUGAGCCCACGUCCAGGACCAGGCUCCGCCCCUGAACAUCAGCUGCUGAUGGAAGCCGGAGUCGUGCUGAGGGGCUGCUGUCGUCACGGCUCCGGUUUCUGGAACGUCUUCCCAUCGUCUUUCAAUCGUAGGUCGUCUUCAGGAGGCGGAGUUUCUUGAAGAACCUCCACGCCACCGUUAGAUGAAGACUCUUCAUCCUAAGAUCUCGCUCCUCUUUAAACCCCGUCUCCCUCCGUCCCGCGGACCGAAGGUGACCUGCGGAGUGCGAGCUGACGCUGAGGCGUCUUCUCGCCUUCGUCAGGUGAGUUCAAAGUGGAGGAGGAAGAGAGAUAGAGACGCUCCUUCCUGUGGUUGUCAGUAUUUUUACUCAUUUUAGAACCUUUUAAUCCAUUUAUUUGCUUUGACACAUCAAACCUUAUAAUCGUAUGUUGAAUGUAAAGAGCUUUGAGCGAGCGUCUGCGUGUCUCCCUCCUUUUAACCGCCGGAUCAAACCCGCAGCAAUUUUUUUUACGAUGCAUUUGUGAAGAAAGUGGCACAAACGUCUUUUCAAGGCAGAAACCAAGGGUCCACCUGAAGAGCUUUUAUUUUGAAAUGUGGCAGUUUAUAUGAAAUGAUCAUCCGGCGGGCCGAUGAUUGAAGCUCUGAUUCAAAAACAACCAGAGGAAGAAUCACGUUUAUUAUUUUGGCCCAAGAACCAGCAGAAGAUUUCAGUGUUAUUAGAUAUUAGUUAGUUUAUAGAAACUAAACACGAUGUGAAGAACGGAACCAUCGGUCGAUCUGUGGAAACUCACCAGCUUUUAAUUAUUGAUUCUCCAACACGUUUCUGAUCUGGAUUGAAAAAAAGAAAAUUGAAACUCUUAUAAUGAAUUUAUGAAAAAUGUCUGAAUAAAACCGGGUUGAACUUUAACCGACGCAACCGACCGAGGCUCAUGUCAAAACAUAUUUCUUUAUAUUCGUAAGUUAAAUAAUGAUUUGAAAGAAUUCACACCUUCAAUCCUGGAAACAACAUUUUCCUCCGAAUAAAUCUGAAACUUUGAGAUAUUUAAAAUCUGACGACGUCUUUUAUUUAAAAACAUUUUUCAAUCCGAGACGACAAAAUGAAACUAAAUAAAUGUUAUUGACUCGAGUGAUGAGAAAGAAAGAAGUGGAGUGAAUCUGAAUCUUCACUUUAUAUUUGUGUUUUAUUAGUCUGCUGUCGAGUGGAGACUACUGUCAUUGACUUUCAUUCCAAAAUACUUUAAUAUAUAUAUCGAAUGCACGUGUUGUAUUAGAGUGAGGAUGACGGAGUCUUCAGCGGUUCGUCGACGUCGUGUUCCAGUUGUUUCUCCCUGAACCGAAUGUUACGCCACUUUAAGACUUCGACCUCUGAAAUGUGAAAAACCUGAAUCUGACAGAACGAAGGACGAUCUGAACAUGUGGCCUGAGCCGCAGAGAACGAGGAGACGAGCGAACGAUUCUCGAGCAAUAAGCGGUCCAGAGAUUGUUUCCGUCGCUGGUCAAUGUCCACACGUGUCGGUCUUUCUCUUUUUUGAAGUGCGCACGUCACUGCUGCUUCUGGAAACACUCACAAAGCAACGCUGCACAAAGGUCAAAGUUCAGAAACUCACCAGCCGACUCCGCACGAACCGGCGUUCAGCGUCCUCGCCGAGAAUCAGACGAGAGUGAAGCUCCGGCUGCAGACAGACGCUUCCUCUGACUUUCCAACAUUUGAAGCUGAACUACAAAUGGAACAACACUUUUUUUUUUUAAGUUACUUAUUUUCUUUUUCAUUUGUUUGUCACCGAAUCAAGUUUGCUCAGUGCAGGAGGAGAGGAGCUGCAGGCUGGGAUUCGAACCAGCGGCCUCUUGCUGAGUACGUCUGCCCUCUUAUCAGCUCACUCCGUUAGUUCUCCUCUGAUCCGGCUGUGUGCAGCCGUGCAGCUUCUCGUGUGGCGUCAACAUCUGCUCUGAUUCUCGGCCAGAGAGCGAACGAUAACAAUAAGACUGAGCGUCGGAGGUGACGAAGCUGUGACUGAAUGUUUCCCUCUCUAACACGCUAACGCUCUUUUCUUUGAAUCACGACUGUUACACGUUCUGCACCAGUGCCCGGCGUCGCUUCUCAGCCGAGAGGCGUCCGCUUCACAGAACAAUUCCCUUUACUUGGAUUUGAUUUUGUACAGAGAACUGAAACUCAACGUGUAAAGUGCGUCUGCAUGCGUCCGUCACGGGAGGCGUCGGAUGUUUCCCGUGUUUCUGUCCGGUGUCGUAGAUUCUCCUGAAUGUGUGCCUUUGGCUCGAGAUCAAUUCUGGCAAUAUACCGGUUUGUUUUUCCUGUUCAAUGCUAACCUGAGCUAACCUGAGCUAACCUGAGCUAACCUGAACUAACCUGAACACGACUCGCUGCUUCUUACUAAAGUAAAGUGUCACUGAGGCGACGGAGCAGUGCUGUAAAUACGCUGAAAUGUUUUCCAUGGAAACCACUCACCUGCAUGUUACUUUAACUUCCUCUCUCAGAUAUUUAUAUUGGGUUUGUUUCCUGUGAUGAAUGUACAUAUUUACAUGUUGGUUCUCGCUCCUGUGACUUUGCAGAACUUGAAAUAAACUGUCAGAUUCUA